UUCCGGAUAAGGAAGUGGGGGUGGGAGGAAGAGAGGAGCGCUGAGGACUUCGCCGAGGCCGGAAGUUUGGAGCUGCGUGAGAGAUCUUUCAACGGUGUUUUUUUCUCUCUCCCUCCGAGCGCGCGCUGCUCUUCCUCCUCGUCCCUCACAGCUUAACGGUAGCGGCUCCCUCUUCUUCCCCUUCGCUCAUGGCCGACUUCGACAUCUUCGCCGCCUCACAGCCGGCGGCAGGAAACGGCUCGCUGGGCGGGAGCGAGGAGGACCCGGCCGCCGCCUUCCUGGCCCAGCAGGAGAACGAGAUCGCGGGCAUCGAGAACGAUGAGGGCUACAACAUACUGGAGAACGGCGAGGUGCCCCCCGGGAUGCAAGGCCAGGAGGGACUGGCGGCGGAUUCAAUUGAUGGAGUGACGAAUGGUGAUCUCUACCAGGAAAGCAAUGGUCCGACAGACUGUUAUGCUGCAAUUUCACAAGCUGAUCGUCUUCAGACAGAGCCAGAAAGCAUUCGUAAAUGGAGAGAAGAGCAACAGGAACGCUUAGAAGUACUUGAUGCAAACUCUCGAAAGCAAGAAGCAGAAUGGAAGGAGAAAGCAAUCAAGGAGCUGGAGGAAUGGUAUGAAAGGCAAGAUGAACAGCUAGAGAAAACAAAAGUCAACAAUAGGGUGGCAGAUGAAGCUUUCUACAAACAACCCUGCGCUGACGUGAUUGGUUAUGUCACAAACAUAAACCAUCCUUGCUACAGCCUAGAACAGGCAGCUGAAGAAGCCUUUGUCAAUGAUGUGGAUGAAUCGUCCCCUGGCACCGAGUGGGAACGUGUGGCUCGGCUCUGUGACUUUAACCCCAAGUCGAGUAAGCAGGCGAAGGACGUGUCCCGCAUGCGCUCAGUUCUCAUCUCACUUAAGCAAGCUCCGCUGGUUCGCUGAAGGAAAGGCACACACAACACUAUAAAUGCAAUAUCUUUUAACUUUACUCAGAGAAGCUGUGUUUGCAGUAAUUGGAUUAAUUAUGUUUAAGUGUUUUUGUUUUUGGACCAAACCUCAUGAUGUAUUUAGAGUUUGAUCAUUGUUUUGUGAUUGCAUGUUCUUCCCUCAUUUGAUCCCUCCUGGUGUCCAGACUGGGAGGUAACUUGCAGAAUCAUAGUCUCUUUGCUCCCAGGCACUGAGAUUUCACUUUCAACUGUACUGAUAUUAAAGGUCUGUUUAAAAAGCA